AUGGCGCAGACACUCCAGAGCCAAGCACCAUUCCGUCUGAUCCAGCCGCACAACAGCGAGCAGCAGCACGCUAUCCAGAGCCUUGUCCAAGAGCUCGAGCGGCUGUCGCCAGAUAUGUUCGCAAACACCAGCGGAAACGAGCGGCUAGCACUGGAGCUUCCGUUUGCACAGCCGGCUCCCACACCUGCUGCUGCCCAGACAACAAUGCCUGCCGCAGGAUUUGUAUCCCUGGUGCCUCAACCACUGGCCGCCUCCAUCGCCUCGUCACCAGCUGCCGCAGGCCCACAGGCUGCCACAGCACCAACACAGCCUGCUAGUCCGGCAGCACCGCUGUUCUCAGCAAUGCCCAUGUCGCAGCAACCUUCUGCAGCUGCUGUUUACUGCGGCAGCUGUGCCGACCGACCCGAGCAACAGCCCAUCGUCGACGUCACACCGUUCACGGGGCACAGAGUUGCCGUUUGGGCUAUGGAUCGCGACAUCGUCAACAUCAGCCGGCUGGCUGUCGGCAGAAGAGUCCACUCCAGCAGACAGCAGCAGCGAUGACGAAGGGCAAGAGCUGUCUGGUCUCGACUCCGACUCAUCCUCCGACAGCAUUGACGUGUGGUCAGCAGAAUACUCGCGGCUAGCCAACUCUGCCACCCGCACGAGCCUGUUGCUGGCCGGCACGCUCCUACUGCC